UAAUUUUCGACCCGUCAAUCUCAGCUGUUUGACCCUUAUGUCGAUCGGGUCUGUUCGAGCGCUGGUUCCGACGCUGCAGACGCAGCCGCUGACGCCAGAAGGGUUUGCGCCGUACGGCCAAGUGAUUGCUGUGCCGUCCAACCCAAGCACGAGCGGCGUCUCGGCCAACCAGGGCACCGCGACCCGCAUCAACUACGUCGCGAGAGUUGACAAUCUCAGGCCAGAUUCAGCAAAGGCGAAUAUGUGCGUGUUUCGAUCCAUUCCACGAGCAAUGCCGUUCGAGAUGAAGCUCAUUGAGCGACACUUGUACUCGACCCAAGCAUUCAUUCCAAUGUCCGCUGAAUCAAAGCGCUACUUGGUCAUUGUCGCGCGCAACGGCGCUGACGACAGGCCGGACUUGACAACGUUGGCCGCUUUCAUCGCCACCAACACGCAAGGAAUUAGUUAUGAUGCAGGCUGCUGGCAUCAUCCAAUGGUAGCACUGGAUUAUGCAACAGAUUUUGCCGUGUUGGUUCAUGAAGACAACACUUCGGAUGAUUGCCAUGUUGUCGACAUCGAGCCGUCCAUCAUGAUUCAUACUGAAUAGAAUUCAAAACCCAGUCGUGAUCCUUGCUUGUUCGAAUCAUACAUUUGCCGUUUCUCCCCCGCCUCCAACCGAAAUUCGGCGAUUGCACGAAUCCAACAAAGCAAAAGUGCUU